AUGACGUUGUUUUUCCGCUUCUUACAGCUCCUAUCGCUGCUUCUGCUCACUUGUGCAGCGACCGCCGAGCACACAUCUAACUGGGCGGUGCUGGUUUCCACCUCCCGAUUUUGGUUCAACUACCGUCACCUCGCCAAUGUCCUCUCCCUAUACCGAACCGUUAAAAGGCUCGGCAUUCCCGACUCACAAAUCAUCCUUAUGCUGCCCGAUGACAUGGCUUGCAAUCCCCGCAAUGCCUUCCCAGGAACUGUAUACAGUAAUGCGGACCGCGCCGUUGACCUAUACGGCGACAACAUCGAGGUGGACUACAGGGGCUACGAGGUCACAGUGGAGAACUUUAUUCGCCUCUUAACCGAUCGACUUGACGAAGAUGUACCGCGCAGUAAAAGACUCGGGUCCGAUGCGGGUAGCAAUGUGCUUGUAUACAUGACUGGCCACGGAGGAGACCAGUUCCUGAAAUUCCAGGAUGCGGAGGAGAUCGGUGCAUGGGAUUUGGCCGAUGCAUUUGGCCAGAUGUGGGAGAAGAAGCGCUACCAUGAGCUAUUGUUCAUGAUUGAUACUUGUCAGGCGAACACAAUGUACACCCACUUCUACUCGCCCAAUAUCGUCGCGACUGGGUCUAGCGAACUAGAUCAGUCGUCAUACUCGCAUCAUGCGGACAAUGAUGUGGGAGUUGCGGUAAUCGAUCGUUGGACCUACUAUGUGCUUGAGUUCCUCGAAACCCAAGUGACCAGCGCGAAUUCAAAGUUGAAUCUAGGGGAUCUAUUUGACUCCUAUGACGAAUCAAAGAUUCAUUCACAACCUGGUGUUCGGUGGGACCUGUUCCCCGGCGGCGAACAAGAAGGUCGCCUUCGAACUGUGGUUGAUUUCUUUGGUAAUGUCCAAAAUGUCGAGGUUGAGAAUGCCAACGCAACAGAGCCCGGUUCCCUCAGGGAAGACCUGGCUGAGAUUGCGCGACUGGUUGAAAAGUGGCAGAAGCGUGAUGUGGAGUAUUCUGCUAUUCUGAAUAACUCGACAGAGCCUCAGGCCAGCUCGCUUUCUGUCCAUUUGCCUCGGAAGACAACUGUUGGGCCCACCCGAAUGACAGACGAUAGCAGCUGGGGCAAGCGUCUGGUUGGUAUAUCCGUGGUGGGAGUAUGCUCUGCAGUCUGGGUUGCCAGUUCAUAUCUUGGCCGCUCUGUGGUUUAA